CUAGGACUCCGGUACCAGUCACCCACCCUUCCCUUUCUGCGCUGGUGCCCGAAACUUUCCAAGAAAUUGCAAUCAUUGGCUUUCCCCCCCUUCUCAAAUCCCACGCAAACUUUUUCUGCCUUUGUGGUUGUUGUUGUUGUCACUUUGUACUAAUGUCGCGUAGGUUUCUCUCUAUUGGAAGAACAGCCGCGAUUGUUGUGGUUGAACCAUGAUUAUGUAAAUAAAACAGCCCAAAUGGCAUGAUGCCACCCAAGGAAACAUCAAAACAAAAGAAGAGGUAAAUAAACAAUAAUACGCGUAGCCUAGGUAGCGGUAGGAGAGACACUCCGUGGCAAGAAGAGCAAAGACCAUCAAUGGGGGAGGGAGCAGAUGUCAUGCCGACAAGAUUACGAGUCGUAUUUUCUCGAGUGGUUGGUUGGUUGGCCCACCAGCAUCGCACAGUCCUCAUCAACUGUGUACUCAAACCCCUCAAUGUUUUCUUCUUUUCCCCCCAGAACACGCAUCCCUUCCCCUCCUCUCAUCAUUCAAUUCAUGAAUGGAAAAGAAGAAAUGUGAAGAACACUAAAGAAGAGGGGAGGGAGGAUACUACGAUGGACCUCAAAAAGACGGUGACUGACUGUCUCCAUUCUUCGCCGUUCCCACCGAGUGGUUUAUUGAAGCCUGUCACCGGUCAAGUGACACAAGCGGUGACCAAUCCAUCUCUAGACCCCUUUUUUGGCAUCUGUAUGGCCUGUCAUCAAAACCGGAUCUUAACGAGUGUACGGAGUAAACAUAGGUCGUAGGUGCGGUGUAGCUGAUCAUACGCGUCUCGGCUCCAGACAUGACCAACUUCAAGACAUGGCUUCUCCGUCCAUGACCCAUCACCCGCCACCGUGACAGGAAUGGAAUCCCCCAAUCUUCCUAUCAAGCAGGACACCCUACUCCGUGCAUAACAGUACUACUGUGUAUGGAAAAAGAUCACGCCCAUGGAGCCACUAUCUAUGCUGCUUUGAGUAUGUAGUGGUUUGGAGCAAUACCAAUUCAGAGUUUGGCGAUUAAGCCCGCCUACUAAUGCCCUCUGUGAGGGUUGAUGAUCCCCCCCCCGUCAUCAAAGUAUCCAGCGAUGACAUCUUAUCAUAAGAUCGGCUAUGAUCACCCCACAUUGCAAGGGUAGAACGGAAAAGCCUGGUAAAUGAGUCUAUAUGCGGCUUCCUAGUCUCAAGAAUUGGUGCAUCCAGUGGCGAACUCAACUCUUUGCAUGCAAAAGAGAAGGGGAAAAAAAGAAAUAUGGAAAAUGGUAACUGUGGUAACAACUGUCCUACACAAGCAAUGGGUAUGUUGCGUACUUAAUGUGCCCCGUACUUUCCACAGGGCACCGUCUGUGUCCUGGAUCUGAUCUCGCAGAUG